GCCCACACUCCAAACCAAACACGUCAAUUAUAAACAUCGGGUUGCGCGAAGCCAAAGCGUCCAAGCAACCGCUUCCUGCUCCUCUUACUCGCUCCGCCCUCUGCCACCGCUCGACUCGAUCCCGCGCCGCCGCGCCAUGGAUCGCGCCGACCCCGCGCGGGGCCGCCUCGCCGUGCUCUCCUCCCACCUCGCCGCCGGCGCCGUGAAGUCGGAGGGGCUGGAGAGGUCGCCGGUGUCCGCGGCGGCCCCCGGACCCCGCGCCGGCGCGCUCGCCGUGGUGGACGGGAGGACCGGGAAGCGGCACGAGGUGAAGGUCUCCGAGGACGGCACCGUGCGCGCCACCGACUUCAAGAAGAUUACCACCGGAAAGGAUGACAAAGGUCUUAAGAUUUAUGAUCCUGGUUAUCUCAAUACAGCCCCAGUUCGUUCAUCCAUCUGCUACAUUGAUGGGGAUGAGGGAAUCCUUCGCUACAGGGGAUAUCCAAUUGAAGAGUUGGCUGAAAGCAGUUCAUUUGUAGAGGUGGCAUACCUCUUAAUGUAUGGGAAUUUACCUACUCAGAGCCAAUUGGCAAGCUGGGAAUUCGCUAUUUCACAACACUCUGCUGUUCCCCAAGGACUUUUGGACAUCGUACAAUCAAUGCCCCAUGACGCUCACCCCAUGGGUGUUCUUGCCAGUGCAAUGAGUACCCUUUCUGUCUUCCAUCCAGAUGCAAACCCUGCUCUUAGAGGUCAAGAUCUUUACAAGUCGAAGCAGGUGAGAGAUAAGCAAAUUGUGCGAGUACUUGGGAAGGCCCCAACGAUAGCAGCUGCUGCAUACUUGAGAUUAGCUGGAAGGCCUCCCAUUCUUCCUUCAAAUGCUCUUUCUUAUUCAGAGAACUUCUUGUACAUGCUGGACUCUUUGGGUAACAAAUCAUAUAAACCAAAUCCUCGACUUGCGCGGGCUCUAGAUAUCCUAUUUAUUCUGCAUGCUGAACAUGAAAUGAACUGCUCCACUGCUGCGGUUAGGCACCUUGCUUCAAGUGGUGUUGAUGUCUUCACUGCUCUUUCUGGUGGUGUUGGAGCUCUAUAUGGCCCACUGCAUGGUGGUGCAAAUGAGGCAGUGCUUAAAAUGUUAAAUGAGAUUGGAAGUGUGGAAAAUAUUCCAGAUUUCAUUGUAGGAGUAAAGAACAGGAAGAGGAAGAUGUCCGGUUUUGGUCACCGUGUGUAUAAGAACUAUGAUCCUCGUGCUAAAGUCAUCCGGAAAUUGGCAGAGGAGGUUUUCUCAAUUGUGGGGCGGGAUCCACUUAUUGAGGUUGCCAUUGCUCUGGAGAAGGCAGCACUGUCAGACGAAUAUUUUAUCAAGAGGAAGCUGUAUCCAAAUGUGGAUUUCUACUCUGGACUAAUUUAUAGGGCAAUGGGAUUCCCUACAGAAUUUUUCCCUGUUCUGUUUGCCAUUCCUAGAAUGGCUGGUUGGCUAGCACAUUGGAAAGAGUCGCUUGAUGAUCCCGAUACUAAGAUUAUGAGGCCCCAACAGGUGUACACAGGCAUUUGGCUGAGGCAUUACGCCCCUGUCAGAGAACGAGUGCCGCCAAGCCAGAGUGAGGAACUUGGCCAGAUUGCCACCUCAAACGCUACAAGACGACGCCGUGCAGGUUCUGCCCUGUAGAAGAGCUGCAACAUGCAACGGCCAGCGUACACAAUAAACAAGGGACCCCUCUUGGGCCCGAAAAAAGGGCCAGGGCACACCUGAACUUGGAGGUGUAUACUUUCUGUUGUCAAGUAUAUAGGCAAUAAUAUACUGCAUCGUUACAUUGUAAAAACUGUCACGAGGCUUGUGGAGAACGUUGCGUUCUGUUUCUUGAACUUUCCCUAGGAUAAAUGAAGAGCUUUUACACGA